AGAAUCAAUCAACAAAAUCACUUUGGCAAUUAAAUUGUACGUACCCACCAAAAUUAUCAAUCAAAAUGACACCAUUCUUCAAUUACACUCUCAUCACUAUUAUCUCCCUUUUAACACUAAUCUUUCUAUUAAUCACAACAAAAAAACUCAAAAAUCUUCCACCAGGUCCAUUAAGUAUUCCUAUAAUUGGCAACAUUCAUCAACUCAAACAUCCACUUCACCGUACUCUCUACAAUCUCUCACAAAAAUACGGUCAAGUAUUUUCCCUAUGGUUCGGUUCACGUUUAGUCGUCGUUGUUUCAUCACCUUCGAUCGUUCACGAAUGUUUCACGAAAAAUGACACCAUUUUAGCUAACCGUCCACCUCUUCUUGCUGGCAAACACAUUGGCUACAAUUACACUGCUGUUACGGUAGCACCUUAUGGUGAUCACUGGCGUAAUGUUCGUCGUAUAAUCUCCCUCGAGGUUCUCUCAACACACCGUUUAAACUCCUUUUUAGGAAUUAGAAAAGACGAAAUCGUUAGGCUCUUGCAAAGCCUAGCUCGUAGUUCUAGAGACGGUUUUGCAAAAGUGGAAAUGAAAUCGAAAUUUUCGGAGAUGACUUUUAACACGAUAAUGAGAAUGAUAUCUGGAAAGAGGUAUUAUGGAGAGGAUUGUGAUGUGAGUGUUGAGGAAGGAGCAAAAGAAUUUAGGGAACUGAUUAAGGAGAUGGUAUCGUUGGGUGGAUCGAGUAAUCCCGGUGAAUUUGUUGGGAUUUUUAGGUUGUUUGAUUUUGGUGAUUAUGAGAAGAAGUUGAAAAGGAUUAGUAGAAGAUUUGAUGGGUUUUUGCAAGGACUUAUUGAUGAGAUUAGGAGAAAGAAGGAGAAUGGGAAUACCAUGAUUGAUCAUCUCUUGAACUUGCAAGAAUCACAACCAGAGUAUUAUACUGAUCAAAUCAUCAAAGGAAUUGUUCUGGUUAUGAUCCUUGGAGGAACAGAAACAUCAGCUACAACUUUAGAAUGGGCAAUGUCUGCUUUACUCAAUCAUCCGGAAGUAUUAAAGAAGGCUAGAGAUGAAAUCGAUGCCAACAUAGGACAUGAUCGCUUAGUAGAAGAGUCGGACAUUUCAAAUCUUCCCUACAUUCAAAAUAUAAUCCACGAGACAUUUCGGUUGCAUCCUGCAUUCGCAUUGUUAGCACCCCAUUUUUCUUCAACAGAUUGCACCAUAGGAGGUUACAAUGUCCCAAAAGGCACUAUUUUGUUGGUUAAUGCUUGGGCAAUUCAUAGAGAUUCUCAACUAUGGAGUGACCCUACACAAUUCAAGCCAGAGAGAUUUGAUAAAGAAGGGGAAGCUGAAAAGUUGAUUCCAUUUGGAUUAGGAAGAAGGGCUUGUCCAGGAGCAAAUUUAGGGCAACGUACAGUUGGUUUAACUUUGGCUUUAUUUAUCCAAUGUUUUGAUUGGAAAAGAAUUAGUGAGGAAGAAAUUGAUAUGAGGGAAGGAAAAGGAGCCACUACACCAAAGCUAAUUCCCUUAGAGGCCAUGUGUAAGGCUCGCUCAAAUGUCAUAUCCCUCAUUGAACAUUAGUUCCCUUAACUUGAGAGUUUAAAGAAUAAUAAGCUGGUGUUAGCUUACAAAUUUAGUUUCAUUAUUUUAUUUACUUUUAAAUAAUAAAGAUGUAAUUUUAGUGAUUCAAGAUAGGGAUAAAUUUGUAGUUUUAUACAAGUUGGUUGUGGUACUAUGAAUGAAUGAAUGAAAUUAUUUACGGUAGCAAUGAUAUGAAAGUUUU